CAUUUGGGUGUAAUUGUGUGUGCGUGUGUGCAGGUGGAGUUUCUGGGUGAGGAGGGGACGGGUCUGGGUCCCACUCUGGAGUUUUACGCUCUGGUGGCCGCAGAGUUUCAGAGAACCUCUCUGGGGAUGUGGCUCUGUGACGACGACUUCCCCGACGACGAGUCCCGACAGGUGGAUCUGGGCGGCGGUCUGAAGCCCCCCGGUUACUACGUGCAGCGAUCCUGCGGUCUGUUCGCGGCGCCCUUCCCUCAGGACAGUGAGGAACUGGAGCGAAUCACAAAGCUCUUCCACUUCCUGGGCGUGUUCCUGGCCAAGUGCAUCCAGGACAACCGUCUGGUGGACCUUCCCGUCUCUCAGCCCUUCUUCAAGCUGCUCUGCAUGGGGGACAUCAAGUCCAACAUGAGUAAGCUGCUGUAUCAGAGCAGGGGCCACGACCCUAACGGACCCCCCCACACGCAUCCCUUCCUGCUGCUGUCUGAGAUGCAGUCAGAGGCUUCAACCGAGGAGAGCCAGGAGACGUACUCUGUGGGGAGCUUUGAUGAAGACUCCAAGUCCGAGUUCAUCAUGGACCCCCCCAAACCCAAACCCCCCGCCUGGUACCACGGCAUCCUCACCUGGGACGACUUCCAGCUGGUCAACCCGCACAGGUGAGAACGGUUUGAUUUAUUUAUUCAGUUUUCUUAGAUU